AUGAUGUCGCAGAACAAGGGAAUGACGUGCCGUAAGCUACCGCUCCUGUGGUUGUUCGUUGGAGUCAUCACACUCCCCAUGGUGGUCACAAACGCACAGGCUCCCUUUUACACCACACCUCAAUUUUCGAAUGUAAAUCACCGCACCAAUGUCUGUGACCGAUUUGCGGCUUACGCCAACGGCCAGCUUGAAAUUCGCGACGCCCUGUCCGGUUUGCAAUUGAGCGUGGGAGUGGUGGAUCAACCCAACCCUCUCUACUUUAAUUUGCACCGCAACAACAUUACCAUUAACGACCAAUUUCCUGGCAUUUUCGUGGAAAUUUUGGACGAACUAGCCAGACGUGGUAACUUUACCUGGCGGGAGACUUAUGCUCGUAUCUUGCCACCCAAUAUGACCCAAAAGUUCGAUGCUACCUGGACGGAUGUCCUGGUGGAUUCAGUGGAGCGAUAUGACAUUAGUUUUGCGGAAUGGGUGCACACCCAUGAACGAAGACGCCGGGGUGUCCAUUUUCCUGUGGGAUGGUACGAUACGUCUACCAUUUUUAUUCGGAAUACUCGAGAGGGUAUCAAGAAUGAAUUCAACUUUAACUCAUGGACUCGGCCUCUCCACUGGUCGUUGUGGGCACUCUUUGCAUUGGGUUUUCUUUAUAACCGUACCAUGCUAUGGAUUCUCGACAAGAUUGAAGACGAUGGAUCACCAAGAGAAAUUACCUCCAAGGAAAAGGUCUUUCGGAUUCGAAUGGUAGAAAUUGUAUUCGACAGUGACCGCUCCAAUGCGAAGCGACUUCACAACAUGAGUUCCUCCCUAUUUGCCAUGGUCUUCGUGUCGUCUCUGACGGCCAACCUCGCAACCUUUCUCAUCCAGCAAUCCGAACCGGACUUUCAGUACGUCGGUCUCGAUGACUUGGAUUCUCGUUUCACUCCAGUCUGUGUCCGACAGGCAGAUGCUGUCUUUGAGUCACUCUCCAACGACUACGAAACCAUGAACUUUAUUCGAUCCGAUACGUCCUUGGAGAAUUAUCAAAGAAUUCUAGCAGGGGAUUGUAAAGUGGUGGCGACCCGUAGGGCGGACUUUGAUAUCUUUGAACGAAAUCCAGUGGCCAACCCAGAUUGUACCCUCGAAUGGGUAGGACGUCCGGAAUACAUCAACUUUGGUGGCAUGGGAACGAUUGUCGAUACAAACACAACUUGUACUUCUCUUGUCGGACAUGUCCUCGAUUUGCACAUGCACGAAAUGACCGAGUUCGUUGAAGAAGCUUGGGAAAACUAUCUGGCGGACCUAUCCAGUUACGAAUGUCCUGCCAAGGUUGCUGCGAAAGAAGAUACUCGAUACUCUUUGACCUUGAAUGAUAUUGGUGGUAUCUUUAUUGUGUUCGCUGGCGUCGCCUUUUUGGGACUCUUUGUGGCAAUGAUUGAACAACACUUCGAACGCAAGAGAAGAGCCCAGGAAGAGGAACAUGACCUUUUGCUGAAGGAGAAUGGACCAACCGAGGCCAACAUGCUCGGCGAAGCUGAUCCCAUCCAUAUUGACAGUGAAGUCCUCAAGAGGAUUCUUGCCAUCGAUCAAGCCAUCGCCAAGCUGAAAUACGAAUGCGGUGGAGAAAAGAGACCAAGCCGAUCUGGCUCUGGCGGUGGGCUAGGCCUAGGUGCUUCCUUCCGUGGCCUAGGUAGCUCUUUCCGUGGCCUAACCAGUCCUGGCGGUGCCUCCUUCCGUGGCCUCAACUCAUCUCCCCGCAAUUCGGGGGGAGGGACAACACCAUCGCCAGGUGGUGGUGUGCGACCUUCGUUGCUGAACACCGCCUCCCCAAGGUCCCAGAGGUCGUUGGCCUCUCCAGGUUACCAAAGGCCGACUAUGAGUCAAAUGGGGAAGAAGAAAUCACAACAAAACAUUUUGGCAAUGGGAUGA